CAGAAACGCGAAGUAGAUUCAUAUUCGAGGAGCGUUCGAGAGGAAAGGAAAGAAAAGAGAAAACACGGUGGAAAUGAUGUGAUUGUCGAUGUGAUACGAUAAGCAUUACGUUUAUAAACGAAAAUGGUUUUCGAUUCGAUUUCCGAAGAGCAGAGGAAACGGUUCUUCAGACAGAAUUAUGCAGCUCAUUUACCUGGAUACACCGGCCACUGUCCUACCCUUAAGUUUCGUGUUGGAAAACGUUUCGGAGCGUGCACCCAAGAAAUUAUGAAGGAAUUACUUGAAAAGAAAAUCCUCAAGACAGGACCUUACAGACCCAACUCCGGGAGGGAUACGCGGGAAAACGGGUCGAUUCUUUGCGAGAAAGACGGUAGCAAAGCUGACUGGAAAAGUGACGCGCAUUUGUUCAAACCACCUCCGUAUAUCUUGGGAUAUACCGGAUAUAUUCCCGGGUUUAACAGCAAGUACGGUUUGUCUUUUAUGAGAGCGGUGGAAGAAGGUGCGAAAGAAUGGCGCGAGAAUCAAAGUAAAUUGAGAGCUCGUAGAGACGUGAUGCGAGCCGAAGUCGAAAGGAACAGUGACGCCUCUAGAAACCUCUUGUCCAGAGCAAGAGCCGACAAUGUGGCCGUUGAAAUCGAUCACGAUCAGGAUCACGAUCAGGAAAAAUAUCGACCAACUACCUUUCAUUAUGAAAUUUCCCCCGAAAGACCACCGAUCGUAGGCUAUACGGGUCAUAUUCCAGGCGCGAAAGGAGAAGUCGCGCUUUCGAAAAGGUACGCUCAAGCCGCGAAGAAAGGAUUAGAACUGGUUCGAAAGGAACGUGAACAAAGGCUGGGUAAAUUAAGGGACGUGGAUACGGUACAGAGAGUUUUCGAUGUAGCCCGUUACGAUGAAACCGUUCUCGCGCGGGCAUAAUUUACGAGCCCCUCCAUUUCAUCCAAAACGUUCUUUAAUACGCGCUCAAUUAACGACAAUCUUUUUUAACAAGAAUCUACCAAGUAGAAAUAAUAUUCGAUUAAAGAUGUAAUUUACGUUCGAAAUUUACCUUUAAUUCCACGCUGCUGUGAAUCAACUCGAAAUAAAACGACCAACAGCCUUCCUUUUCAU